UUUAUCGUGCGUGCGUGCGUACCUUCAAGCGUUAGUCUUUCUUGACUCAUCUUUAUUAUUUAAUAUGGCGGAUUUAUUCUAACAACGCUAAUUGCUAUACCUAAAUUCAAGUUAUUUCUCAGUUUAUUGAAAAAUUAAUAUCGAUAUAUAUUUCCAAAAUCAAGAUGGAUGUGGAGUUUGCACAUUUUGUGGAUUGGGGCAAUGAAAAAUUACAGCGUGCACAAAAGACUAUCAAUGAAUCUCCUUAUGAUCUUGAAGCAUGGAGUCUACUUAUAAGAGAAGCACAAAACAGACCAAUUAUAGAAGUACGACCGAUUUUUGAAAAACUUGUGUCUGUCUUUCCAUUGGCAGGUCGUUAUUGGAAAAUUUAUAUUGAACAAGAGAUGAAAAUGCGCAACUUUGAAAAAGUGGAAAAGCUUUUUCAGCGGUGUCUCAUGAAAAUCUUAAAUAUUGAACUAUGGAAAUUAUAUCUAUCUUAUGUUAAAGAAACUAAAGCAAGUCUUGCUACAUAUAAAGAAAAAAUGGCACAAGCAUAUGAUUUUGCAUUAGAUAAGAUUGGAAUGGAUAUUCAUUCUUACAGUAUAUGGAAUGAUUAUGUGGUAUUUUUGAAAAGUGUAGAGGCUGUGGGUUCUUAUGCUGAAAACCAAAGAAUUAGUGCUGUACGCAAGGUUUAUCAACGUGGCGUUGUGAAUCCUAUGAUCAACAUGGAACAAUUAUGGAAAGAUUAUAUGUCUUUCGAGCAAAACAUUAAUCCUAUUAUUGCAGAAAAAAUGGCAAUUGAGCGAUCUAGGGAUUAUAUGAAUGCAAGAAGAGUUGCAAAAGAAUUGGAAGCAGUAACAAGAGGCCUGAAUAGAAGUGCACCAAGUGUACCUCCAACUGGUCAUCCGGAAGAAAUUAAACAAGUUGAGCUAUGGAAAAAAUAUAUAGCUUGGGAACGUGGCAAUCCUUUGAGAACGGAGGAUACGUCGCUGGUCGCUCGUAGAGUCAUGUUUGCAAUUGAGCAGUGCUUGCUGUGCCUCGGGCAUCAUCCUGCUGUUUGGCACCAAGCCGCUCAUUUCCUCGAACUUAGCUCUAAGAUCCUCACUGAGAAGGGUGAUGUUAAUGCAGCAAAAAAUUUGAGCGAUGAGGCCGCUACUAUGUUUGAACGUGCUACUAAUACCCUCUUGUCGAAAAAUAUGUUGUUGUAUUUUGCGCACGCAGAUUUCGAAGAAGGUCGAGUUAAAUACGAGAAAGUGCAUCAAAUAUAUCAGAAGUUCCUCGACAUAUCAGAUAUUGAUCCUACUCUGGCUUACGUUCAAUAUAUGAAAUUUGCCAGAAGAGCUGAAGGCAUAAAGUCGGCAAGAACAGUAUUUAAAAGAGCUAGAGAGGAUCAAAGAUGUAGGCAUCAUGUGUAUGUUGCUGCUGCUCUUAUGGAAUAUUAUUGUACUAAGGAUAAAAAUAUAGCAUUUCGAAUUUUCGAACUUGGUUUAAAAAAAUUUGCUGACAAUCCAGAUUACAUUCUUUGUUAUAUUGAUUAUUUAUCGCAUUUAAAUGAGGAUAAUAACACUAGAGUAUUAUUCGAACGUGUUCUUUCAUCUGGUAGUUUGGAACCUGAAAAAUCUGUUGAUAUAUGGAAUCGGUUUUUAGAAUUUGAAUCAAAUAUUGGAGACUUAGCUAGUAUCGUAAAAGUUGAGAAACGUCGUAGUGCAGUAUUAGAAAAGAUAAAAGAAUUCGAAGGUAAAGAAACUGCACAACUAGUUGAUAGAUAUAAAUUUUUAGAUUUAUAUCCUUGCACGCCAAUGGAAUUAAGAUCAAUUGGCUAUAUGGAAGUAUCAAGUGUUAGUAGAAGUGCAACUUGUAUACUACCUCGAACACCAGAUACAGAAGAAGCUAUAGCAUCAUUACCAAGACCAGAUGUAUCACAAAUGAUUCCAUAUAAACCGAAGGUUAAUCCAUUACCAGGAGAACAUCCUGUUCCAGGUGGAUCAUUUCCAUUACCUCCUGCAGCUGCGCAAUUGUGCACAAUAUUACCUCCACCAGGAUGUUUUAGGGGUCCUUUUGUUUCAGUUGAAUUAUUAGUAGAUGUAUUUGGUCGAAUUCAAUUACCUGAUCAUGCACCAUUACCAGUAGCUGAUAAUGGUUGUGAUACAAAAUUAUUUGAUCUAGCCAAAUCAGUUCAUUGGAUUGUUGAUGAAACUGCUGAUGGUAACAGUAUUAUUAAUAAAAGAAAAAGGACUCGAUUAGGUGGUGAUGAUAGUGAAGAGGAAGAUUUACCACCUCCACCUGUAAAUGAUAUUUACAGACAGAGACAACAGAAGCGUGUAAAGUAAAUGAUCAAUUGAUAAAAAUCUUCAAAUUUAAAAUCAAAAGUUAUUAUAGCUUUAA